GGCAUUACAUCGAAAUAACCUGCUGGUUGCGCUGGUACCACCCACCUGCUCGUGCGUUUCGGGGCCUAGAAACAGAGAUAGACAGAUGGACGGGUGAACGGGUGAACGCAGAACGAGGAGAAAGAGCCUGGGAAAGAGGGGCACCUUGUCUAUGCCAGAAGAGCAGUGAUAAUUUGACUUAUCUGUGUGUUGAUUCAAAAAUUCGUAACUAAAUAUUUAAUGCCAUUGCACAAAAAGAGGAGAUGAGAGCGAGGAGUGUGUUAGCCUAUUCGAUGCGAUUUGAGGCGUAGCUGCGGUCACAUCAUUGGAAAAUUGAUACAGAGAAAUAACAUAUUGUAGCUAGGUGGUUUAAAUAUAGACGUAAACAUUGAAUUACAUUAAUAGGAAGAUCCAGAAACGACAUAAAAACAGUGGAAAAAACGAAUUAUACGGACAGAGGGAGGCGGCCAGUACAGUGUCAGGUCAUCAGUCUCACACAAAGUCAUGGUGUUCACAGUCCUUACUGUGGCACUAUGUGUCACCCUCCAGCACCUGGCUACAGGUUUGACUUUUGCCCCUGAUGAACUCAGAGAAGAUGAAUUACAGGUGACUCCUGAGUCCCUACAACACCAGCCCUCCCACACCCCAACCUCUAUCCCACAAACCCCCGGAGAACUGAUCCGCGCAGCGCUUCACAGUAAGGAAUACCUUGGACAAUCCCCACUCUAUACUGGCACAACCACCAAUCCUACGCAAGCUGCCCCUCCGGUCCACCAAACUGAGCCCAUAUCAACCAUGAUGUCACCUGGAGUGCUGACCACAGCUGUGACAUCAUCGGCGGGAGUGCCAGUGGAUGGGCGCACUGGAGGGCGAAUGCUAGCUGAAAACCCUGCUCCUUUGGGAGUGACGUCUUCACCACUGGAGGAAGAAACCACAACAACGCUGAUCACCACAACCACCAUAACCACGGUCCACACCCCUGUGCAAUGUAACGCCAGCCUGUUUGGAACAGAGGGGAUAGUGCAGUCUCCAGAUUUUCACUCUUCCUCCUCAUCCAUCUACCAUCCCUUGGAAUGUACUUACAGCAUCACUGUCUAUACUGGCUAUGGAGUGGAAAUCCAGGUGAAGAAGGUGAAUCUCUCCAAAGAGGAGACUCUUACCAUCCUUGGAUUAGGGGGGGCAGGCCCUGAACUCCUUGCAAAUGAAACACUGAUGAGCGAGGGUCAGGUGAUACGCAGCUCUACCAAUCAGGUGCAGAUUCACUAUCGCAGCCUUCAGCCAACCUAUCGUGGAGUCUUCAGCUUGUAUUACCAAGCCUUCCUCCUGUCCUGCACAUUCCCUCAGUCCCCUGAGGGAGGGGGCGUGACAGUGACCGAUCUUCAUCCUGGAGGCCACGCUCACUUCCACUGUGACCCUGGCUUCCAGGUCAGAGGUCACGAGAUGUCAACCUGUCUGAACACCACCAAACCUCACUGGAGCUCAGCUGAACCCCAGUGUGUUGCGGUGUCAUGUGGAGGGUGGAUCAGAAAUGCCACUGUGGGUCGAAUCCUCUCCCCUACUCCACCUGGUGGAAACCAUAGCACCAGUAACAAUCUUAGCUGCCAUUGGCUGCUGGAAGCCAGGGAGGGCCACAGGCUCCACCUCCAUUUUGAGAGGGUCGCCUUGGAUGAGGACAACGAUAGGCUGAUAGUGCGCAGUGGGAACAGCUCUGUCUCUACUCUGCAUUUUGACUCGGACAUGGACGAUGUUCCAGAGCGGGGGAUUGUGAGCGAGGGGUCGUCUCUGUACCUGGAGCUCACGGCAGACUCCUCGUCCAUCCCGCUUCUGCUGGCCCUACGAUACGAGGCAUUCGAUGCGGAGCAUUGCUAUGAGCCCUUCCUGCCCCACGGGAACUUCAGCAGCUCUGACUUAACCUUUCCGCUGGGGAGCAUCGUCUACUUCUCUUGCUCCCCCGGCUUUGUCAUGGAGCAAGGGUCAGGGGUCAUCGAAUGUGUCGACCCCAGCGACCCCCACUGGAAUGAGAGUGAGCCGACGUGUCGAGCUCUUUGUGGGGGGGAGCUGACUGAUCCGGUGGGGACGGUGUUGUCCCCUGAGUGGCCCCAGAGCUUCUCCAAGGGCCAGGACUGUGUCUGGCAGAUUCAUGUCAAAGAAGACAAGCGCAUCGAACUUGACAUCCGCAUUCUGAAUAUCCGUCGCAGUGAUGUGUUAACAAUAUUUGAUGGCCAUGAUCUCACCUCUCAUGUGAUUGGGCAGUACCUUGGAUCACGGGAACGCUUUCAAGUUGUGUCUGGUGGGUCAGAGGUCACAAUACAAUUCCAGAGUGACCCUGACGACUCCUCAUUUAUUCUCAGCCAAGGAUUCCUCAUUCACUACCGUGAGGUGGAACGCAAUGACACCUGCCCUCCACUCCCUCCAAUUGAAUUUGGCUGGAGAAGCUCUUCUCACCCCUCCCUUGUGAGGGGAAGCGUACUCACCUAUCAGUGUCAACCUGGGUAUGACAUAAUUGGCUCUGACAUCAUAACCUGCCAAUGGGAUCUUUCGUGGAGCAAUAGCCCACCCACCUGUCAUAAAGUCCAGCAGUGUUCUGACCCCGGUGAGGUGGUCAAUGGAGCACGCUCAGUGCGUCCAGAGUCUGGAUUUGCUGUGGGCUCAGUGGUGCGUUACACCUGCAACCAGGGCUACCAGCUGGAGGGGCCUGGUCAGAUCUCCUGCCAUGCAAGGGACACUGGCACGCCUAAAUGGAGUGACCGCAGUCCCAAAUGUGUCUUGAAGUAUGAGCCUUGUCCCAACCCAGGUGUGCCUGAUAAUGGCUAUCAGACCCUGUACAAGCACAGCUACCAGGCGGGGGAGUCUCUCCGCUUCUUCUGCUUUGAGGGCUAUGAACUAAUAGGGGAGGUGACCAUCACCUGUCUUCCUGGACACCCCUCUCAAUGGAACAGCCCGCCACCCUCCUGUAAAGUGGCAUAUGAGGAAUUAUUGGAUGACCACAAGCUGGAAGUCUCUAGGAGGACAGACCCUUCCAAACAAAUGGAGGGGGAGAAAAUCGCCCUGGCAAUCUUCCUGCCAAUAAUCCUAGUUAUCUUUCUUAUUGGGGGAAUCUACCUUUAUUACACUAACGUGUGCAGACUCCAGUGGAAGUCCCUGUUUUGGAAGUCACUCUCUCACACCCACUCCUACAGUCCCAUCACUGUGGAGUCAGACUUCAACAAUCCUCUGUAUGAGGCAGGGGAUACAAGGGAAUAUGAAGUAUCCAUCUGAAUGGGGUUGAGGCAUGAAAGAAAGAAGAAAGAAGAAGGAAAGGGGGGAAGGUGUUUUUUCUCUUCCUUGUCUUUAAUUCUCCCUUCACCCCAGUCUCUCCAUCCUUUUCACUCUCUCUAUCUCUCUCUGAGUCUGUUCAUUUACCUAUAACACAGCUCUGUUUGUGUGUGUUUGUCUGUCUGUGUUUGUCUGUCUUUCUAUCUCUCUGUCUGGCCGUCUGUAUCAAAGGUCAGCCCUGGCUGUUUUGUCUGUGCAUCUGUGACUUGGCUUGUCAAUUGUUCUGUGUGUGACUAUCUGUUAGUAAUGUUUUCAGUUACAAGCUUUAUAUCUAUGAUUAGGACUCUGGUGCCUUAGAGAGAAAGGGAGGUAAAAAAAGAGGGAGAAACUGGUAUAAAAAGUGAGAGAAGGCAGCAUUACAAAAACAAACUGAAAGGAUGGAUGAGAUAGAGAGAUUGACAGACACAAACAGAGAAGCAGACACACUCACAAACAUGAAUACACACGCACUAGAACAAAUUGAAUGUAAAUAUUUGACUGAAUAUUGAGGCUUAUGUAUGUACUAAUUCAGUGCCAAAA